CAAAAGUUCGGUUGGCCCACAUGCUCAUUGCCUCGAACCGAAAUAACGACGCUCAUGCCUUACUCAAACAAGCACUAGAUGCACAAGUCAAUAACCUUAAUUUACGUGCAUAUUACACCCAUUUCCUACUUCAAUCUAAUCUACAUCAACAUGCGCUCAAAUUCGUCCAUGCGACUCUUCAAAUGAACAAGUCCGACCUAUAUGGUGCUUGUGCUGCGGCUUGGCUUCAUUAUCAACUCGCUCGUGAAAUCAGAAGCACGAACGAAGAGAUGAUCAGAGACCGAAGGCACAAGUUCCGUAGUGCGGCAGAGUUUUACGAAAAAGCCUUGAGCAUCGAUCCAGGAUGUGCUAUUGCUGCCCAAGGCUUAGCCAUUAUCGUUGCCGAAGAUGCAUUGGGUGUCAUGUCAUUGAAGCCUGCUGGAGCUGCGGUUGAGGAUGAAGAUACCCGUAUGAGAAACACCCGCGAUGCCCUGGAUGUAUUCGCCAAAGUACGAGAAGUCAUUGCAGAUGGAAGUCUAUCGAAAUACUAUGACAAUCAAAAUUCAUCUGUCCUCUUGUGUCUCGCGAGGACGUGGUAUGCCAAAGGUGCUCGAGACCAGUCAUUUGCUUCGAUGAAAAAUGCUUUGAGAAUUGCUCAACAAGCACAACAAAUCGUCCCAGCAGACAAGGCUAUACGAUAUAACAUUGCUGUCAUUGAGCAGAGAGCAGCUGAGCUUGUAUUCUCACUUCCAGUUGCCAAACGUACCCUCGAAGAGUUACAACAAGCUUUGGAACACGCCACACAUGCCCAACAUUUCCUCUUUGCUCUCUCAGAGGAUAAGCAUAGCGGAUCCUUACCCUAUGAUCGAGUAAUGGCUGAACAACGUCAUAUGUACGGAACAGCUUUGCUCCGAAAAGGAGCAGAUCAAGUGGCUCAACAGGAAAAGUAUGAAGGGGAGCAAAAGGCUAAACUGGAAGCUACACGGGAAACGAGAAUGGCUGAAAGGGCAGCUGCCCAAGCUAGAGAAAGAGAGGCCGAGGCCCUUGCAGAAGAGAGGAGAAAGGCGCGAGAGGAAGCGGCUUUGUGGGCUGCUCAACACCGGGACGACUCUUCAGAAGAAGAAAAACCUAAACGUCGCAAGAAGGAAAAAUCUGCAAAUGAUGAUUUGUUCGAUGAUGACGACGCCGAGAUCAUAGCACCGAAGGAACCAAAGGAGCCAAGGGAGAAGAAAGAGAAGAAACCCCGUGUGGUCCGGAAACGGAAAGGAAAAGAUGGACAGGGGGGAGAAGAGGCCCACAGCAGCGGCGCAGAAGAUGCCGACAAACUUGAGAGACCGAAAAAGCGUCUGACUAAGAAGCGGGUGGUGAACGAUGAAGAAGAGGAAGAGGGGGAGCACCGCGCCCGUAAGAAAUUUAAAAGCGCGGAUGUUAUUGAUGACUCCGACGAGGAAUUGGAGAGACUGGACAGAUUGGAGGAAGAGCGCUUACGUUUGAGUAAGGCAGUCCUCACAGAUGGAGAAAACGAAGGGAAGAACUCUGCAAAUGAAGACGUAGAAAUGGCAUAA